AUUACUGUUGCAACAUGACAUCCCUGCUCUUGCUGUCACAGACUCAGUGCUGACAAGUGUCUUAGUGCUGACAGACUUUGAAGCUUAAACAUUAACAGAAAGUACAAAAGUGUUUUUCUAAGGACACGGUUUCCCUUCCCUUCCACAAACACAGGCAAAAUCAAAGCCUAGUCACAACCAUAUUGGGAAGUUAAAUAUUAAUUUCUGUAGCCAAUAAAUUCCCUGCUUGGUCUGCAUGGACCAUUGUAUAAAGGACUGCGUGGAUCCCUCCAGAGCAGAACCCUCUGGUUCACUCCCUCAGAAAUGGCUCUUUUAUACCGAGGUACCUGGAUAGUUCUCCUCCUGACGCUGUCUGUAAUCCUGGCUGAAGGUGGAAAGAUCCUGGUGGUACCUCAGGAUGGAAGUCACUGGCUCAGCAUGCGCCCGGUAGUGGAGAAACUGCAGCAAAAGGGACACGAGGUGGUUGUGCUUGUGCCCUCCACCAGCCUGUACAUGAAGUCAGAGGAGCCUCGGAAUUACACAGUCCAAGCCUAUCCAGUGCCUUACACAGAGGAAUACUUGGGUGAAAUGCUCAAGGCCUUUGUUAAUGCCCAUUUUAUUGAGCAGUCUGUUUUGAAUGUUGUUCUGACCUCGUAUCAAAGUACGAUAGAACUCUCCUCGGUCUUCUUCGCCAACUGUAAGAGCCUUCUGCAGAACGAGGAGCUGAUGCAGUACUUGAAAGAGAGCAAAUUCCACGUGCUCUUCACAGAUCCCAUCCUGAUGUGUGGGCCCCUGGUGGCUGAGUAUCUUUCCCUUCCUUCCGUCUACUUCCUGCGGGGCUUUCCCUGUGGAAUGGAUUCUGCUGCUAUCCGGUGUCCAAGCCCUCCUUCCUAUGUCCCCCGGUUAUUCUUGGAUAAUUCAGACAGCAUGACGUUUUCCCAACGGCUGAAGAACAUGCUGGUCGACCUGCUGGAGCUCUUCUACUGUAAGCCUAUCUAUGAUAACUUUGAAGAGCUUGCAUUUGAGGUUUUCAAAAGGAAAGUGACAGUGACAGAACUCCUGAGCCGUGCAUCCUUCUGGCUGAUGAGAUACGAUUUUGUGUUUGAGUUCCCAAAACCCGUGAUGCCAAACAUGGCUUUUAUUGGAGGGAUUAACUGUGUUCAGAAGAAAAGACUGUCUCAGGUACAACAUUUUCUUCUGUUUUGAUAUUGAAAAGGCAAAGUACAAAGGUAUCAUAGAAUGGCAGAAUGGUUUGGGUUGAAAGGGACCUUAAAGAUUAUCUCAUUCCAACCCUCUGCCACCCUGGGCAAGGGAUGUCCCUCACAUCUUUCCAUCAAACCCUGACUAACAACAGCUUGGUGUUUAAAGAUUGAAAUGCUGCAUGAUGCAGAAAUGUUAUUUCCUAAUACCCAGCAUUCAGAUUAUAUCACAUCCUGCCAAACCUAAAGCCUUAUCAGACUUAAUUAGGCCCAUUUAAGUGACAUGUAGAUUUUAUGCAACUGAUAGUCGCCUUUGUUGAACUGAAGAACUUUGCUGUCCUGCUCUCCCAGCUGUCUCGUGCACUGUCCAUUUAUGCCCUCUCCUUUCAGCCACAGUGAAGGUUACAGGACUGAAGAGUUUGCCUAUUUUCUACCACAGCCAUCCACUGGAUUGGUUCCUUUCCAUCUGUCUUUAAUGUCAAGGUGUCAAUACCUAAGCCCCAAAAGAAACCCUCUUCCAGUUCCAUCCUCCCCUUCUCUUCUAGAUUAUUGAAUUAGGUUUUAAGCCUUCCUGGGUAUGGAUAUCUCCCGUAGAUUUCCAUUUGGGCUUUUGUGUAGCAACCUUCCCGUGUUCAUUUGGCAGCCUUGUCUGAGGUUAUGGCCUGUCUUCUGUGCAUCUCCCUCCUCUCAGCUGUUUGAAAAUUCCCAUUAAGUUAAUCCCUGCUGUAACCUCCCAAGAUGGGAUCAGUGUGGGUGAUGCAGCUGCUGCUCCUUUUGGAGGGCGGGUUCUCAGCAAAGUCUGGGAUUUCCCUCCAGACUUGGGAAGGAAGCUGCAGCAACUGCAUGGGGGAACAAAUUCAGCAAGAUUUUAAAGCCCAGAAUGCCCUGGAGAGGGAAAUUGUUUCCCGUAUUCCCCUGCUUAUAGGCUUUAAUGAGCAGUUAUCACCAACAUUAAACCCCCAGCAACUGAUAACCAAGAAGGACGUGGACACAGGGUUGAGGUCAUGAACUGACCCAACCUUGGUCAUGAACUGACCUCUCAUUGGCCGUGAACGAUUCAUGACUGUGUGAACUACAGAGGUGGUGUUGGUCUUUGUUAUCUGGGGUACAAGGGUGAAAUGCUCUUUUGCAACUUCUUUUAUACCUGAUAGGAUAAGGGGUUUAGGUGAAAUUUAUAUGGAGAAAUGGGGAAAGAUUUUCUGCUGGCUGCGUACCUUCCCAAAA